GUAGAGACGGGGUUUCACCGUGUUAGCCAGGAUGGUCUCGAUCUCCUGACCUCGCGAUCCGCCCGCCUCGGCCUCCCAAAGUGCUGGGAUUACAGGCGUGAGCCACCGCGCCCGGCCUCAGCUGGUUUUUCAAAAGUCAUGGCGUGUAAUUGUCAGAACAGUGAACUUCGGAGAUCCACCGGAGGGGCGAGGCCACAGCUCAACCGCGAGCACCUGAGCAUCCUGCACCGCCUGCGACGGCCGUCAGGGGGCGCGAUGCCGCCUCACAGAACCUCGAGAGGCGCCCGGGUUCCGGCACAGAAGCCCGGCGGCUCCAGGGGGCGGAGCCGAGCCGCCUCCUCAGGACCUACGCAGGAGGCGCCGUCAUCCCUACAGGGACACCUGAGAGGACCCAGCCUCCUCCUCCUCAGGACCCACUCGGGAGACGCCGCUGGCUCUAUAGGAACACCUGGGGACCGUGGCCAGGGACCACCCAGCCUCCUUCUCCUCAGCUCCUCAGGAACGACUGGGGAAGCUGUGGCUUCAUGGUCCCCGAGGCUGCCCGAGGAAAGGUAUUUCAGGACAGCCAGGAGGGGGCGCACAUCCGCCGAGAAACUGUGAGCAAGAGCGUCUGUGCUGAACCACGGAGCCACCAGAGGGCGCGCGAUCCCGCCCCAACGAACUUCCCGCGGAGGUGCCAGAAGCAGCGAGGAGCUUCAACUUCCUCAGGGCAGCACGAGGGUCGUGUUAACUUGGUGUUCUUCAUUGAGACGGGGUUUCACCGUGUUAGCCAGGAUGGUCUCGAUCUCCUGACCUCGCGAUCCGCCCGCCUCGGCCUCCCAAAGUGCUGGGAUUACAGGCGUGAGCCACCGCGCCCGGCCUCAGCUGGUUUUUCAAAAGUCAUGGCGUGUAAUUGUCAGAACAGUGAACUUCGGAGAUCCACCGGAGGGGCGAGGCCACAGCUCAACCGCGAGCACCUGAGCAUCCUGCACCGCCUGCGACGGCCGUCAGGGGGCGCGAUGCCGCCUCACAGAACCUCGAGAGGCGCCCGGGUUCCGGCACAGAAGCCCGGCGGCUCCAGGGGGCGGAGCCGAGCCGCCUCCUCAGGACCUAUGCAGGAGGCGCCGUCAUCCCUACAGGGACACCUGAGAGGACCCAGCCUCCUCCUCCUCAGGACCCACUCGGGAGACGCCGCUGGCUCUAUAGGAACACCUGGGGACCGUGGCCAGGGACCACCCAGCCUCCUUCUCCUCAGCUCCUCAGGAACGACUGGGGAAGCUGUGGCUUCAUGGUCCCCGAGGCUGCCCGAGGAAAGACAGAGUCUCAACCAGGCUGGAGUGCAGUGGCGUGAUCUCGGCUCACUGCAACCUCCGCCUCCCAGGUUCAAGCGAUUCUCCUGCCUCAGCCUCCUGAGUAGCUGGUAUUACAGGCGCCUGCCAUCAUGCCCGGCUAAUUUUUGUAUUUUUAGUAGAGAUGAGGUUUCACCACGUUGGCCAGGCUGGUCUUGAACUCCUGAUCUCAGGUGAUCCGCCCGCCUCAGCCUCCCAAAGUGCUGGGAUUACAGACAUGAGCCACCACUCCUGACCAACAUCUUACAUCAUUUCUUGUCAUACUUAAUGACUGGGUAUUUCAGGACAGCCAGGAGGGGGCGCACAUCCGCCGAGAAACUGUGAGCAAGAGCGUCUGUGCUGAACCACGGAGCCACCAGAGGGCGCGCGAUCCCGCCCCAACGAACUUCCCGCGGAGGUGCCAGAAGCAGCGAGGAGCUUCAACUUCCUCAGGGCAGCACGAGGGUCGUGUUAACUUGGUGUUCUUCAUUGAGACGGGGUUUCACCGUGUUAGCCAGGAUGGUCUCGAUCUCCUGACCUCGCGAUCCGCCCGCCUCGGCCUCCCAAAGUGCUGGGAUUACAGGCGUGAGCCACCGCGCCCGGCCUCAGCUGGUUUUUCAAAAGUCAUGGCGUGUAAUUGUCAGAACAGUGAACUUUGGAGAUCCACCG